CGGGUGAAAUGCUUCGCGGAGUAGCUACAUGUAGCGCUAGGCGAUGGUACGAUACGUAUAUGCUACGUAAGACACGCAUGGAAAUCACAGUUUACUGGAGCGGCGAGAAACCAGCGCAGCAAACAACCCCAUGAUGCUGCAGCUCAGUAUCAUGGGCCUGAUCGCAUCGACGAAUUUCUAGCGCAGCUUGUCGCUGGUGCUAACAAUUGUUAUCGAUCUCGGCACUAUGUUUCACUGCCUGGCCCAGCUUUGAGAUGUCGAGAGAACAAGUCAACCCAUCGUAAUGAAAAGGUUUAUCUACUUCCUCUCGCCGACUGGGGAGCUCAGUUGGCGAAAGGCUCUCCUCCUGGGUCCAGAUAACAGCUCCGUAGUCCGAAGACUAAGCCAACCCUAGCGAGGCUGCCGACUGCAAUGUGGCUGCUCAGACGUCAAGGAUAUGGAUCGCCAGGGGCUGGGGCAGUGUGUCUCUGCUUGACACUGGCUGUGCUGUACCACUAUGCUCUGCCCGCAGAAUGUGCAAGGUAUGGCAGUUUCAAGUGCAAGAUCGGCCGCGAGGUCGUGUCCAAGGGCGACUUCAACGAUCGCACGUUUGCGCCGUUCGUCUCCCCGCAGCACCGACGCGGCAAGGACCAGUGCGGAGGCAAGUACUUUGACGACCUGGACUGCGUGUUUGAGUUCAGUGCACCGGACCGACACUUGGCCUACGUUGAGUUUGUUGCAAUCAACCUGGACCGUGAGUGCAACCAUGACUUUCUGGACAUUGAGACUAAACACCGGGCCAGUAUAGUCUGCAAAGCUCACAACAGAAAGCAUGUGUACUAUGUUUCUGAUGAUAACGAUAUCAAACUGAAGUUCAAGACCAACCGGGAGAACAGCUGCCGUGGAUUCGCUGCCUUCUUCAGCUCCUUCCCGGAAAACAAGCGAUGGAGGCGUGCACUAACACCACAUGAUUAUCCGACUGUUAACUCCACUCUCUUCACCGAUGACUCUCGUACUUCAUCGCGAAUCCUGGAAACGGAUGAGGAAGGAGCGCCUUUGUUCAGGGAGAAGCGCCGUGCCGGCGAGAAGAAGUCGAGAAAGGGCGGCGUUGAUGUGGAUGAUCUGGUGGAUGUGGAUACAAUGAUGGAGAGCUUCAGGCGCUCGGAGGCGAAGCAUCUAACCAAGUGCCGCGACCAGGUGCGGAAGAGCGUCUGGGAGGACGACUGCUGCAACAUCUGCCAGUUCAAGCAGAUUGACAACUGCUUCUGUGAGCGACUGGAGAAGAAGCGUGGCCGACGCUCACUGCGAUACCCCCGAUCCAACGACAAGAAGGACAAAGAUGAGAAAGACAAGGACAAGAAAGAUAAGAAGCUGAAGAAGUGUGAUUGUCGGCGUGACUGAGCCCUGUGUCCUGAACAAUUUCAACCGGCCCAGCACAAUAGAUCAUUGGUGUGACAUUAAUAACAUACUGCCUCCACGAUCCACAAGCUAUGUCAACGCUCUCUGAGCCAAGGUCCUCAGAGCAUGUACGACCAUGUACAUCGUCUUUUCGUGCAUUGCAGACUCGUCUGCACUGUGCCGCGAAAUGAAGCCAAAUGUCGUGCAGCAAUGAAGACUACAUUUUUUAAACACCUUCUCUGACCCACAGGCAAAAAUGUAUGACGUUUAAAAGUAGAGGGUGGAAGGUGAUCAUGGCAGUUUUCUGUAUCAGAUUGGAAUAGAACAGAUGUAUUGUGGGCAAAUCCAAUCCUCGACUAGUAAUCUGUAGUGCUGGCUUACACUGCUUGUACAUGUAGAUGUCUGCUCUGCCACACUGACAGGGCACAACACGCCAAUCUUUAGCAACACCACGGAAUUUUCAAUGUUGAUGACUACCUUGACACAGUAGCUGCGUAGACAUACAUCUGUACAUGUACGCUGCUAUAUAUUUUUUAUACUUUUAUGUACGCUGCCAUACUUUUACUGCCAUACUUUUUUCGUAGCUGCUAUACUUUAGAAAUUCUGCCCUCCGAGUGCCUGGUGGACGAGUUUGCCGAGAUUUUAGUUCCGCUUGACUUGCAUUGUAGAACGAUAAUUCUUGCCUGACUAUCUACUACCAUGGUCCGUGGCAUGUGCAAAAGGCGCCUUUUCUUCUCUUGGGUAUUAUCUUAGUCGUGUGCGCUGUUUGACGUCAGAUGGCAUCUCGCAGUCACCAAAACCACACUACUGUAGCUGCAUGCUGACUGACAGUUUCAUCACCUUCAAAAUCUCUGACACAACCGCCACUCAUCCCCUAUUCUCCUUUCUUUUUUGAUUCAUUUGUAU